UUUUCCUUUCUCAGCUCAGCUCACCCUAUAAGGCAGGUCAGCGUUGCAAAAUCAAAAGUCGCCCUUCCUCUAACAGGAACUAUUCUGCAAAUAGUUCUGUGAACCAGAGGAUUCCCCGAGAAAGAUGGCAGGGAAUUCGAUAUUGCUGGCUGCACUCUCUGUCCUCUCAGCCUGUCAGCAAAGUUACUUUGCUAUGCAGGUAGGAAAGGCGAGAUCGAAAUACAAAGUUAUGCCCCCAGCAGUCUCUGGGUCACCAGAUUUUGAGAGAAUAUUUCGUGCACAGCAAAACUGUCUGGAGUUUUAUCCAAUAUUCAUAAUCACAUUGUGGAUGGCUGGAUGGUAUUUCAACCAAGUUUUCGCUACUUGUCUGGGUCUGGUGUACAUCUAUUCCCGUCAUCAGUAUUUCUGGGGGUAUGCAGAAGCUGCUAAAAAAAGGAUCACUGGUUUCCGGCUGAGUCUGGGGGUUUUGGCCUUGUUGGCUGUCCUAGGUGCCGUGGGGAUUUUGAACAGCUUUCUGGAUGAAUACCUGGACAUCGAUAUUGCCAAGAAACUGAGGCACUUCUAACAUUUCUCCUUCCUUUGUGCAAAUGCUUAUAGGAGAUGUUUCCACUCUCAAGGUUAGAUGGUGCCACUUGUUCCAUUAAAAGAAAUAAAAUUCUCUCUUAUUUGAAA